UUAUUUCACAAACUAGAAAAAGUUGUAGAAAGGAGAAGGAAAACUUCAUUUUGCAAAAUUUUUGCAUUGUUUUCUUAAAAUUUAAUUAAAUUAUUACGCACAUUUGUGCAAUUUAUGAAAAGUGCAACAAUUAAAAUAUUCUACUUAAGCAAAAACUAAAAAAAAAGUCUAAUAAAAUGCCAAAACGUGGGGGACGUAAUGGACCAAGUGGUUCACGUUUCGUAGCAUUCAAUGAUUUGGAAGAACGUGAUGAACGCGAACGUGACCGUGAGCGGGAUAAUCCGCGUAAGGAUCGUAAUACACGUCGUGUCAGCUUUAAACCAUCACUACUACAAUAUUCCGGUGGUAUUAAAAGGCGUAUGGCUGAAAUUGCCAUACGUUCACAUUUGGAAGAUGAUGAAGAUAUGGGCGAUAUGCCCGGCACUUCAAGGCCGGAAAACACACGCAGAAAAGGUUCACCCAUACCGAGGAAAAAAUUUGGAAAUCUGGCGCAUUUAUCAAGAUCACCGCUUGGUUGGUAUCAAAUUUCGAUUAACAACGGUCAACGCUAUGCACGCGACGAGCUAGUGAGCGUCUUGCAACGCGCCAUCUCGCCCGAACAGCUCAUACCGCUCUACUGGCGCUCAGAGAAGAGUUUCAUCAGCUUCUAUGUGGACGAUCAUAGAGUUGCCGAACGUUUGGAUGGUCUCGAUCGGGCGCUGCAAAUGCCCGAUGGCUUUAGACCGUAUUUGCGUAUACGUGCGGCCUGUCCGCAGGUGCCAGUCAAUGACGAGCUAAGGGCACGCAUGCAAGUGGUCAUGGCAAAGCGUUAUAAUGCACAAACUAAGGCGUUGGACAUGUCCAGCUUCCAUACAGAUCCUGAUUUUAAGGGUAUCUUUUGCGGUCUCUUCCGUUCGCCCAUCAUGGCUGCUGCUGUGGAGAUAAUGGAGAAGAAUAUACCCGAUUUGGUGGCGUUAAAUUUGAAUAACAACAACAUUUCGUCCAUGGAGGCGUUCAAAAAUGCACACACACGCCUGCCGAAUCUGCGCAUACUCCACUUGGCCGAUAACAGGAUACCCACCGCUACACAUUUAAUUUCACUGCGUCCAGUACCGUUGGUUGAAUUGGUAUUGAAAAAUAAUGGACUCUGCAGCCGCUUCAAAGAUCACUCGCAUUACGUCAGGGAAAUCCAACGUAAAUUUCCGAAAUUGCGUAAAUUGGACGGCGAAGAGCUAACACCCAUGAUACAAUUCGAUGUGGGCGAGGAGGCUACAGCGUUGCCACCGGCGAAAGCCUCAUUCCUUUGCGAUCCGAAUGGCACAGAUAUUAUACGUCAAUUUUUGGAGCAAUACUUUUUGAUAUUCGAUUCGGAUAAUCGCCAGCCAUUGCUCGAUGCUUAUCAUGACCAAGCGAUGCUGUCGUUGAUGGUGCCACCCGCCAGUCAGGUUGGGCGACUUGAGAAAUAUUGGCGCUACAAUCGUGAUUUGCGUCGGCAAAACGUUGAUGAUAAUACAAAGUUUCGUAAUUUGCGUGUCGGUCGCCUGGCGGUGGUUUCAAUGCUUGCUGAAUUGCCGAAAACUAAACAUUUUCCACGCUCUUUCACCGUUGAUUUGACGCUAUUUACGCCGAAAAUGAUCGUAUUCACCGUCGCUGGCAUGUUCAAAGAGUUCGAUCAAGGCUCAGAGGAAUUACGUUAUUUCCAGCGUCAAUAUAUAAUUGUACCAGCGGGUAGUGGUUUCUGCAUACGCAACGAAAUGGUGCUCAUCACAAUAGCAAUGCAGCCACAGAUACGCUUCUUCAAGAAAACAAUCGAACCCUCUAACGCGCCGCAACAGAUCAACCAUGAGGCAGCUGGUCUUUCUAAUAGUCUACAAAAUCGUUUGAGUAUCAAUCAACCCAGCACCUCAACUGUCGCUGCUGCUACACUACAACCGGCGCAAGUGGGCAUUGAUGAGUCAACAAAAAUACAAAUGGUGCAAGCCCUCUGCGCACAAAGCAAUAUGAAUAUCGAGUGGAGCAAGAAAUGUCUGGAGGAAACCAAUUGGGAUUAUAAUCAUGCCGCUUUUGUGUUUGAUAAGCUGCAUAAAGAAAAUAAGAUACCACCGGAGGCCUUUAUUAAAUAGGCAGCCUCCUGCUACUGAGCUGCUUUUCUACGUACAUGUGUACAUAGUAGAGUUAUAAGCAUUUAAAAUAAUUAUUGUUGAAUAUGCUAAUUUUCUCAUAAAUCAAUAUUUCAAUGUUUUUUAAUCAAUGCACGAAAUCAAAGUCUUACAAAAAUACAACGCUCUAGAUUUAUUACGUUUGCACACUUGCAGGCGUUUGAAUUUAUUGUAUUGACUGAAAAUUUAACAGUUUUUCGGUUCUUUUUUAAGCUCACUUAUUGAAUGUUCUUCCGGCGAAGUUGAUAUGUAUGAUUAAACUGUAAGAGAGGAAUAUUAUUUGCUAAUUGUAUUGAAGUAAUUCCUUAAAAAAAAAGAUAGCUAUAAAAUAAAAACAUUUUUAUAGUAAAUAUAAGUUAGAAAAAUAAAAAGAAAAAAUUAUAUUUUUAAUUUACCGAAAACUUCUAGAAAUAAAUGUAAAUAGUGAGUAAUUUUUUUAUGUUUAUGUUCAAUCAGCGUAAAUUUUAAACUAUAUAUCAUUGAAAUAUAAAAAUACUACGUAAAAGAGUCUAUUCAAAAUGA